AUGGCUGAGGCUGCUGUACUUGCUCCAAACAAUGAGUUGCUAGAAUGGCCUAAGAAAGAUAACCGCCGCUUCCUUCAUGCCGUAUAUCGUGUUGGUGAUCUUGAUCGCAACAUCAAGUUCUUCACUGAAGCCUUAGGGAUGAAAGUGUUGAGGAAAAGAGACAUCCCAGAAGAUAAAUACUCAUAUGCCUUUCUUGGAUUUGGUCCUGAAGCAUCUCAAUUUGUAGUGGAGUUAGUAUACAAUUAUGGAGUGAUUUCAUAUGAUGUUGGAACUGAUUUUGGACAUUUUGCAAUAACGACUCAAGAUGCGUGUAAACUGGUUGAAAACGUUCGGGCCAAAGGCGGAAAGAUCAUCUUAGAGCCAAAAAUUAUUGAAGUUGACGGUGAAGACUUUUUCCUGGGUUUUGCAAAGGAUCCUGAUGGUUGCUCCUUUGAGCUUCUCCAAAGAGAUUCAACUCCUCAGCCAUUCUGGCAACUAAUGCUUUGUGUUCAUGAUUUGGAUCGUUCUAUCAGCUUCUAUGAAAAAGCCUUGGGGAUGAAGACAUUGAGGAGGGUUACCUGGCCUGACCGUAAUUACGCGGCCGUUCUUAUGGGGUAUGGAGAUCAUGAAAACGAAACAGCCGUUCUGGAAUUGACUUAUAAUUAUGGUGCUGCCAAAUAUAUCAAAGGAAAUGCAUAUUCACAUAUUGUUAUUGGCACUGAGGAUGUCUACAAAAGUGCUGAAGUUGUUAAGUUGGUUGCAAAAGAACUUGGGGGAAAGAUACUGCCUGAUGAAAUGAACAUCAAAACGACAUCGUUUCUAGAUCCAGAUGGCUGGAAGAUAGUGUUGGUUGAUAAUCAAGAUUUCCUCAAGGUGUUGCACUCAGAAAGAGUAAUUGCAUACUGUGAAGAAGAUCCUUCAAACGUGCCAUGUAAAACGGCUAUGAGCACCACUGUUCCACUUGUGUAGCCACUUGUGUAGAAGACAGAUGAAUUUUAAAUAAAUUUUGCUCUGCAUCAAAGUCUAAAUGGUAUUAUAAGUAUGCUCCCACUGGCUGACUUUACUGGACAUAUCAGCCCAAUUCAGGAGGCUUAUGUCGCUAUAGACUCGUAGGUUGUGAUGCGACAUAAGUUGGGAUGAAAAUAAUUUUUCUUUUCAAAUAAUAUACUAAAGUAAGCACUUUGAAUUAUUGAAAUUUCGAUAUCAAGUGAUAUGUUAUUUUUUAUAUUUGU